AUGCCCGACAAAAACAUCACGACCAUUUCCUAUGCCGCCGGCGCAUCCCUCGCCGCCAUUGCCCUCGUCUACGUCUUUGCGCCCACCUUCACAAUCGACGAGUCCAGCACCUCGUCUUCCCGCAGGAAGGGCGUCGUCGGCCUGCGCAAUGCCGCCAACGACUGCUUCAUCAACUCGACCCUGCAGGCCCUCGCCGGCCUGGGCGAGCUGCGCGUCUACCUGAUCCGCGAGACCCACCGCCGGAACAUCGACGACGAGGGCGUCUACUCCCAGCUGGUCCAGCCGCCCGGCAAAACCUACCCAGAUUGGAAAAUCGAGGGCAUGCAGCGCGGCUUGGUCACCCAAGGCCUAAAGGACAUGCUCGACUCGUUGAACGAGCGGCCAAUCUACAAGAAGUCGAUAUCCGCCAUUGAGUUUGUGAGGGUGCUCGAGACGGCCUUCCGCCAGCGCAUCAGCCGCCAACAGCAGGACGCCCAGGAGUUUCUGCAAAUCGUCGCCGAGCGCCUCAAGGAAGAGUACCACGCCGGGGAAAGGGCCCGCGCCCACGCGAAAUCGGCAGCCUUGCGGGCCACGUCAGCCGGCUCCAACGUCAACGGUGACGCGGUCCAGCAAAGGCUGGAGGAUCUCGACAAGGCCGACAGCCAGGGCGGCGAAGAGUCUUCUUCCGCACUGCCGACGCCCACGCAACCCCAGCCCGAAGUCGACGGCGUCCACCAGCCGCUCCAGGAUGACGAGGGCUUCCCCAUGGAGGGGAAAUACGAGUCGCAGUCAGAGUGCCAGACAUGCGGUUACAAGACGAAGCCAAGGGAGGAAUCGUUCUAUAUGCUGACACUGAACGUGCCCCAAGUCAGCUCGACGACGCUCAGCUCUUGCUUUGACGAAAUAUUCAAAACGGAGAUAAUUGACGACUUCAAGUGCGAGAAGUGCCGGCUGAUCCAGGCGGAAGAGUCCCUCAAGCAGGACCUGGCCAAGGCCCAGGGCGAAAGCGAGAAGGCGGCGCUCGAGGAAGCGGUGCGCAAGCUGCGCCAUGCGAUUGACUUCGACCCAGAACACAUCCCCGAGGACGUGCUCCUCCCCAACAUCAGCGAGGCGCCAAAGCGCAAGAUUGCACGGUCGACGCGCCUUACAUCCUUCCCGCGCAUCCUGGCCGUCCACCUUUCGCGCUCCAUCUAUGACCAGACGUCGACCAAGAACUCGGCCAAGGUCGCCUUCCCCGAACGCCUGCCCCUGGGCGGCCUGCGCGACCGCCGCAACUACAAACUGCUGGGGCUGGUCACGCAUAAGGGGAGCCACCACAGCGGGCACUACGAGUCGUUCCGCCGCCAGAACACAUACGCCCCGUACCCGAACCAGAACACGUUCCAGCCCUCGGGCAUCUACAGCAAGACGACCAGCCCCGCCGCGACGCCGCAGCCGUCAACGCCGCAGCUCGACGCGAUCGCGCGAGGCGUCAGCCCCGCGUUGUCGACGCCCGAUCUCCUGACCCCGACCUCCGAAACGAACUCGUCCACCCCGUCCGUCUCCUCCUUGGACGCCUUGUCGUCGAGAGACUACGCGCGGAAGCGCAUCAGCCCGACUUCGGCCCCACGCGACAGGCAGAGGGAGCCCGACUCGGCGAGCUUCCGGUCCCACGCCCGGGGGCAGCCCGCCGCCUGGCCCGACGCCAAUGGCCGUGGCACCCCGCCCCCCGCGCACAGGUCGCGCAAGAAGCAGCCCGUCGACCGCUGGUGGCGCAUCAGCGACGAAAAGGUCCGCGAGGCCAAGACGAGCGAGGUGCUCGACCUGCGCCGCGAGGUCUACCUCCUGUUCUACGAGCUUGAGAGAGGGGGCAGCCCGUAG